AUGGGGCGUCGACCGGCGGAGGUGGCGCCCAGGGCCUACGCCAAAUCCGCUGUCGCAGAGGAGGUAGCCUUGCAGCUCGGCAUCCAGCGCGAUCAUGCUUUCAUCAGAGACGAGCUCGCGAUGAUGCAAGCCUUUAUGAGGGCCACGCACGACGAGCGAGACAACCAUGAGGUGCUCAUGACCUGGGUGAAACAAGUGCGUGACGUGGCGUACGAUGCGGAGGACUGCCUCCAGGAUUUCUCUGUUCAUCUCCACAAGCCAUCUUGGUGGCACCUUCCUCGCACGUGGCAAGAGCGGUGCCGCAUCGCCAAGCAGAUGAAGGAGCUGAGGGCCAGAGUUGAGGACGUGAGCCAGAGGAACCUGCGCUACCAGCUCAUCAAGAGCGCUGGCUCCAAGCCGGUCACUUCUGCUGAGCAGUCAAGCAUUACAGCUGCGACGAUAUUCGGCAUCGAUGAUGCACGGCGUGCUGCGAAGAAUGACAACUCAAAAGUGGACCUGGUCCACCUGAUCAACACACCGGGCGAGGAUCUUAGAGUGAUCGCAGUGUGGGGAACCAGUGGUGAUCUUGGGCAGACAUCCAUCAUCAACGCGGCCUACGAGAAUCCAGAUAUCAAAAAGAAGUUUUCGUGCCGGGCAUGGGUAAGGAUCUCGCAUCCGUUCAAUCCGAAUGAUCGACUUCAUCCAAAGCUUAGUGAAGCAGUUCCGAUCAGCCGUGGGGGUCGAUGUUCUGUGGGGAUUCUUUUACCAUAUUCAUAGGCACAGGAAAGAAUGUAUCAAUUUUCGUCAAUAAGAGCGAGUCCAUCAACAAGUACACAUGCUCCUAUACAUGCUAGCAUAAGAAGCAUAACUGUUAGAAGUGGAAGGAAUAAACAAGAUUCUCAACUAGCAUGU